AUGCCGUUUAAGCACAAAGAAAUGGUGGAGAUUUGCAAGAAGCGAGAGGGUUUCUCGGCAGACGCGUACUACUUACAAGCAACGUUUCUUUCGCCAAUGCCGCCGGAAAGCAGCAGCCGGCGGUGCCUGGUGCAGCACCAUACUCUGUUGAAGGAAGACGAAGCAGCAGCAGCGGCGGCGGUGGCGACCCAGUCCAAGUACGGCUGCAAGGUCGGACCGGUCGAGGAGGAGCUCGUCAGGCCCAUCCCUCCACGGGAAUUGGCGCUACCUUUUCGAUCAAACUACGCCGUUUUGCAGAAGGUGGACGCCUACGACAACGGGGCUUGGUGGGUCGGAAGGGUUUUGGGUGAGAACGACGAUGGUUGUUACUACGUAGUGCGAUUGGACAUCGAUGGAUUUGACGUGUCAGUACCUUUCUUUCUUCUCAGAAAUCAUCUUCAAUGGAGAGACGGUGAAUGGUUCCAUCCUCCUCCCUCUCGUAGGUACGUACCAGCAGAUUAA